CGCACACUCUCAACAACCUCAGACACACGGUGAUCCUCUUCUUCAGCAGUCCUGUGCUCGUACUCAUCAACUGAAGCGAAGGACGUGUAUGCACUGGGCUUUGGCUGGACUUCAGUGUCUCUAAGCUGGACUGAAUAUUUUUGGCCUGGUCCUGCGGAACUCCAGUUCUGCCUCCUGCUUCUGUUUCUUCAUCCUGCUAUCAGCCGGCCCCUGGCGGGAGGAAAACGCUGCUGACCCGCCAUGUUUCUUGCGCUAGUGGUGACACCAGAGUUGCGGCAGUUCUUGGCCAGGGCCAGAGGUGGAACAGUGCGCCUCAUCAAGGUGCGCAUCCAAGACGAGCAGCUGGUGCUGGGGGCCUGCAGAGAGUUAGAGAAGAGCUGGGACCAGGAUUACGAUCGCUUUCUGCUUCCUCUCCUCGAUGACCAGGAGCCCUGCUACAUCCUGUACCGCCUGGACUCCCGCAAUGCACUGGGCUACGAGUGGGUCUUUAUUUCAUGGUCUCCGGACCAGUCUCCAGUUAAACAAAAGAUGCUAUACGCUGCCACCCGUGCCACAGUGAAGAAGGAGUUUGGAGGUGGCCACAUCAAGUAUGAGAUAUUUGGCACCACUGAGGAGGACAUUUGCUUGCUGGGCUACCAGCACCAUGUGUCAUCCUGCUCAGGUCCCGCCCCGCUCACAUUAGCUGAGCAGGAGCUCCAGAGGAUCAAAAUUACAGAGGGCCGGGUUAAACAGGUGAAGACAGAGAUCAGCGUUGAGAGUAAACACCAGACUCUUCAGGGCCUCGCUUUUCCCUUACAGGAUGCAGCCAAAAGAGCCCUACAGCAACUUGCCCAAAGGCGCAUCAACUACGUACAGCUGAGGCUGGAUGUAGAGAAGGAGACGAUUGAGUUGGUCCACUCUAACCCAACAGAAACUCGAGAUUUGCCCCGCAGAGUUCCCAAAGACACUCCCAGAUACCACUUCUUCCUUUACAAACACUCCCACGAAGGAGACUACCUGGAAUCUGUUGUGUUCAUAUACUCCAUGCCAGGGUACAGCUGCAGCAUUAAGGAGCGGAUGCUGUAUUCCAGCUGCAAGAGCCGACUAUUAGAGGAAGUGGAGAAAGAUUACCAUAUGGAGAUUGCUAAAAAGUUGGAGAUCGACGAUGGAGACGAACUGACAGCAGACUUUCUGUAUGAUGAGGUCCAUCCCAAGCAGCACGCCCACAAACAGGCUUUUGCUAAGCCCCAAGGCCCUGCAGGAAAAAGGGGACACAAGCGCCUUAUUAAGGGGACAGAAGAGGCUAUACAGGACAGCUAGAGGCAAAUAAAUCUUCUCUUUUAGUUACGUCUGCAGCUCCUGGCCUUCCCCUCUGUUCCUCCAGACCCAGUAACACCUCAUUAGGACAAGAGGAGCACACACAGUGUUGCAGUUCCUCUAUCGUUUGUGUGUUGAAACACUUGUGAUAUAUAGAGAAUGUGUUUUUAGUGGAAAUGUUCUGAUAACUUAUCUUGAAUGUGCCUCUCUUGGUCAGUUUAUCACAGACGAAUCAGGCAAACUGAUAGAGCAUUUGAAAAGGAAUCAGGCUGAAACAGACAGCUUUUUCAUUUUUUCUUAAAGCAAAUCUGUUCUUGCAUUAUGUGAAAUAAAUCUGCAGUUUACAACAUAAUACACAGUACCCAAUUACAAAUGCAUAAUGAAAGA